GAAUGCAAAAUUAGACAUGUUGGACUACAAUAACGUUACGUCAGGUUCAUCAGAAGAGGACUAUGAUACAAGUGAAAUAAUUGGGUUGCAAGUUAAUACGCACGAAGAAUAUGAGGAUAUUAUUGCAGAAGCUUUAUGGCCAAAUGCUGUUGAACAGUGGUUCGUAUACAUAUUGGCAAGUAUGAUGGUGAUCGGAGUGAUUGGAAAUACGUUGGUCGUUGUUGUAGUGGCAACUAAUAAGUCUAUGCGCAACGCUCUCAACUUGGUACUGAUGAACUUGGCAAUUGCUGAUCUUCUCAUAUUACUAUUCUGUCUUCCAUUAACAGUGGUGAAUGACGUCACCAAGACUUUUUGGUUUUCGGCGGUUUUUUGUAAAAGUGUUAAUUUUGUAAAUAAUACAUCAGUGUACGUGAGCAUAAUGUCAUUGGUAUUCAUCACUUGUGAAAGGUGGCGAGCAAUUACAUAUCCCUUAAAAAGCCCAUUUGUUAGAACGAGAUCUGUCAUUGGAGGAAUUUGGUUCAUUGCAAUGUUCCUCUCGUCGCCGGAGCCCGUCACGCUACAUCUCGCCGGAGCCCCAUUUGUGCGACCUAAUUUUACAACAAAGUGGGGAACACGUUGCAAGGAAUCGUGGUCAGAAGAAUUCCAGAAAAACUAUCAACUACUACAGACAAUUUUCUCAUUUGUACUUCCACUUCUUGUCAUAUCAAUUUUAUGUCUGCAUAUGGUCCGAACCUUGCAUUUCUCUGCAAAUUACUUGACAGUAGCAAACCGACAAAUCAGCAUACGAAAAAAAGCGGUCCGGAUGCUAUGUGCAGUGGUUUUUCUCUUCUCAAUGUCUAAUCUACCUGUUCAUUUGUACAAUAUUGCGCUAAACUACGAUUUACUGUCAACGGAUGUGAGCACUAAUACAAUUGCAGUUCGGAAGCUCCUGCCACGCGUUUUUUCAUAUUCUUCAUCAUGUCUCAACCCCAUUCUGUACAGCUUUCUAAGUGGACGAUUCCGCGAAGAGUUCGGCCGAGUAGUAUGCUGUCUUCGGGAUGAGAAAUCAAGCCGUGAAUUCCGAAGAAAACAGGCUUCACUGUACGCUUCAAGUCAAAGAGUUCGAACGAAUAGUUGCUCAACGAUGCUUUUGGAUCGUGAAACCAGAUCAUCACUGAUUAUUCGGAGAGUGUCGUUGGCACAGGCGAUACCUUCAUCUCCUCUAAUUGCUCAUCAGAAUCCACGUCUCUUUUCACUUGAUGACGUACGUGAGGAAGUGACAAAUUCAGAGGCUCUUGUGCUCCAGAACUGCUGAUUCGACGUGGUCUCUCCAAAAGUGAGGCGAUCGAUGGAUGACGUUCGAUGAAUUCCGAUUUUACUGAUGAUGAUGACGUUGAUGUCGCCGAUGCGGGUGGGGACAAGAAUGCCGGUGGAAGAAGUACGGGUGCUGCAGCAGCUACUGGAGCAAUCAGGAGAUUUUGCGAGAAGUGCUGAAAAGUUUUAUUUUAUUACAUCUGCCGAAGUCGAUCACUAUGCCACUGUCUCAAAGUACGAACAUCAGCCAACAGAGAUGGUGCAGUUGCCAAUGAUUGGAUACCUCCGAGCUUUCCAAGUACACACCAAAGACGUUCAGCUAGUAGCAUUGGCUGCUGACUUUCCGGCAACAAAUCCGCCUGGCAAACUGCAAUCGCUGUGAGAAUCGGGACAGUUUGUGGUGGAAGUUGUCGAAUUCUGGCGGAUAUCGAUUGAAUUGCCUGGGGGAUAAUUGGGUUGGCGGAUGACUGGUCGUAGGUUAAGCCUCCUGGUGGGAAGUGUUGGGAUGUUGAGGCGGAGGCCGAGGCAAGAAGCAUCACAUCAAAUACGCUGUUCUGUAAUUUUAUUUAUUUUUGAAGGUUUUCGAAUAAAUG